GGCGCCAUGCUGUUCGUGCUGCAGGCAGCGCGCGGUACGGACUGACUCACUGACAGCAUCAGGAUUACAGACAGAGACACCCGGUAACAUUGUUAUCAUCAUACGAAAUACUGCAAAGCUUUACUCAGGGUGGAGGUUGAAGGGUUAUCUGCAUGGACCGUGUGACUUUCUGUCAGAGAAGCUACCCUAACCUAGCUGUGGUGGCACGUGUGGUGCACGAUGACCGUGGAGACUUUAUGGUGAGCAGAGAGGUCAGAAGCACUGGUUACAUUGCCCAAGGAGAGCACGAUGACAGAACUGCACCACAGUUUCGCAAUCGUAAAGACAGAGGCCCCCACAAGGGUCGGUCGUAUGACAGGUCCCGCAGAGGCCGCCAACGGGGAGGCUUUGGAGGACCUGGACCGCGGUCUAGGCUGGAUGAUACCGAUGGGGAUGUAACUAUGAGUGACAACUCUCAGGACAACAGCUCCCAGCACAGAUACAACCCAUAUGGUGAUCGACCUUUUCGGAAAGGAGGAGAUGGACGGUUUGACAAAGACCGGCGACAAGGCAAAGGAGGCGGUAGAGGAGGUGGUUUUAGAGCAGACAGAGGUGGAGGAGGCGGUCGUGGAGGAGUGAAAGCCCGAUCAGGCUGGUACAAAGUAACGAUACCACAUGGAAGAAAAUAUGACAAGAAAUGGUUAUUGACAGCUCUUCAGAACAUCUGUUCAGUUACCUACACACCUGUACAGUACCACGUUGACCAUAACAGGGCCCAUUUCUUUCUGGAUGAUUCAUCUGCUGCCAAUGCCUUGCACAAAUGCUCUCACAAGAUCACAGAUGCAGAUGGUUAUAAGGUGGAAGUGCAUGUCAACCCCAGUGCUCCACCAUCCUUCCUGCUCUCUGACUUGAAGCCUGAACACUUGGAGCACCUGAAGCAAUGCAUGGCAAAACGCUUUGAUGGCUCCCAGCAAGCUCUGGACCUGAACAACAUCCGAACAGACCCAGACCUGGUGUCCCAAAACAUUGAAGUCAUCUUGAACAGGAAGACAAACAUGGAAGCUGUCAUCAAAAUCAUUGAAGGAAACAUUCCAGAGCUGACGAGCUUAAACCUGAGUAACAACCGCAUUCACAAACUGGAUGAGCUCGCUGAAUUGGUUACCAAGGUCCCUCAUCUGAAGACACUCAACCUUUCCCACAAUGAGCUGAAGUCAGACCGGGAGCUGGACAAGUUGAAAGGCCUGAAGUUGGUGGAGCUGUGGCUGAACAGGAACCCUCUGUGUGACCUCUUCAAGGAUCAGGCCUCGUACAUCAGUGCUGUGCGGCAGAGGUUUCCCCGGCUCCUGAAACUGGAUGGUAAUGACCUCCCUGCACCCAUUGGAUUCGAUGUGGAAACGCCCACCACUAUCCCUCCCUGCAAGGGCAGCUGUUUCGGCUCCGACGAAAUCAAGGCCAUCAUCCUUCGGUUCUUGCAACAGUACUACAGCAUAUAUGACUCCGGGGACAGACAGCCACUCCUGGAUGCUUACCAUGAUGGAGCAUCAUUAUCUCUUACAACACCUUACUCCACCCAGAACCCCUCUAGGAGCAGCCUCGGAGAGUAUCACAAAGACAGUCGAAACCUGAAGAGGCUCAAAGACUCCACAAUACGGUUUCGGCUUCUGAAGCACACACGACUGAACGUUGUGGCAUUCCUUAACGAGUUGCCCAAAACUCAGCACGACAUCGCCUCCUUUACUGUUGAUGUAAACACCUACACCAACACACUACUAUCAUUCACAGUCAGUGGAGUCUUCAAAGAAGUUGCAGUGGAUGGUAAAUCUAGAGAGUCCACCAUGGCCUUCUCUCGAGUUUUCAUCACAGUCCCAGCAGGAAAUACUGGUCUGUGCAUCGUGAAUGACCAACUUUUUAUCCGGAUGGCCACAACAGAGGAGAUCCGCAGAGCCUUUGUUGCUCCCGCCCCAACUCCAUCUUCCAGCCCUGUCCCCACCCUCACUGCACCGCAGCAGGAGAUGCUCACAGCGUUCUCACAGAAGUCUGGCAUGAACCUGGAAUGGUCCCAGAAGUGUCUGCAAGACAAUGAAUGGGAUUUCAACAGAGCGGCACAAAUUUUCACCCAGUUGAAGACGGAAGGCAAGAUCCCAGACGUUGCAUUCAUAAAAUGAAGAGUUGAACCAUCAUGCUUCUGUGAAAUAAAAUCUGCAGUAAUUUUAUUUAUGUAUUUUGUUUUAUCCUUUAUUCUUCUUGAACAUAAUAGAGAUCAAGUUGUUACUUCCGCAACUUGUGUAAACCGUUUUAACAGCCAAAUGUCAGCUGUUUGACCUAGAGACCUAUGAUGUUUUCGGUCGUCAUUGUUACCCUUUGAUUUUUGUAUAGAAAUCACUACGUUUUCAUAGGAAUAAAGACAAAUGGCUAGUAGUUUAUCUUGUGUUCCCAUUGAUUUGCUGUAUUGUUUAAUAAUAAAAUAUUUUGUUACAGAA